AGAGGAGCGCUGCCUCUUGCGCAUGCGUGCUGACGCUGCGGCCUAGGCGACGGACGGUGGCUGGCGGUGGCGGAGGCCUAAUUGUCAUUGGAAGGUUUCUUGUCUCUUGAAUCCUCUGCGAUGGCAAGUGAAGAGAACUUGAAAGAUAAGUUGCACUACUCGACCAACGUUUACUACUGUAAUAUUUGCAAAAUCUAUUGUGCAUCUCCCUUAAACCUUCAGAGUCACUUCCUUGGGAACAAACACAAGGCGGUGGAAGAAGCUCUGAAAACUCAUGGCGUCAUUAAGACUCUGAAAGAUUCACGGGAAGCAGCUAAACCAUCGGAAAGUCUUCCGGAUUACAUUAAAACUGAGCCUGAAAAAUAUUUAGGAAAAACUUUGGAAGAACAACUCAAUUCAUGUAAAGAUACUGAACCUGCUAUUGGUCUCGAAUACAUAAUGGAAUAUCGGUCAAAAGACAACCCAAUUUAUGAAUGUAGUCUCUGCAUAUCUCAAGCAGGACUAACUAACAUGUUCAUGCAUGUUUUGGGUGUUAAACACAGGCUAACGUAUUUGAGAAAACAUCACCCUGAACUAGCAGAUGUGAAAGGUCGAGGUACUAUCUUGAACAGAAGGCUCAAAGAGCUUGCUGCGUUAGUUGAAAGGAAGGAUGGAAGAAAGCGAAUAAAGAGUACAAUGGAUAUACCUAUUCUGAAAGAUGACAUAUAUUCAGUACAGUUUAAAGACUCUCUCAUCACUUGGUUUGCUGAAGAUGAUGCAGGUGGAGGAAAGAAGAAAGAUCCUAAAUCCACAGCAGAAUCAACAAAGGAUAAGUGUGACAGCAACAAAUCAGAAGAUAAGGAGGCAGAGCAGAGUGCCAUGCAACAACAAAAUGCAGAGCUCCUAGAAGUUUCUGAUUCUGAAGAAUUGUCUAGCAAUGAAGAUUUACUAAAAUAUUUGAAAAGUUUUGAAAUAGUAGAUGAAGAAGAUGCUGCAUUUGUACUGAGGGUUACUCAAAAACUUACGACUGCACUGGUUACAUAUCGUUACAAACCAAAAAAGAAAAACUCUAAUGAGGGACAGCCAUACGGAUAUAUGGGUGGCCAGUCAGAACAGAGGACCUCUGCGGGAGCUGCUGGGCGUGAUAUGGAUUUUUCAGAGUGGGAGCUUCCCGUCGAACAGUCCUUUGAAAAUACGGGAACAAAUCCCGAUGUUAAGACAUCUGUUAAGCGAAAAGCAUCAGAGACAAACACGCCUUCAAAAGAUGUUAAAACUCAAAAACUUGGAACUUUCAAAAACACAUUUCAAGAAGUACCUAAUGAACCAGAUUGUGAUGCUGAAGAGCCAGUUGCUGCCCAAGAGCAAGGUGCUGCCCCUCGUGACGCUGAAGGGCCAAGUGCCGCCUCUCGGGACCUCCAAGGCCCUGCCCAAGGAAAGGAUAUUCCCUCUUCAGUUCAAAAGCAGGCCAAUGUACCUGUUCCUUCUCCUUCGCUGCCAUCCGAAUCUGAGAGUCAAGUCAUUGCAAAAUUUUUCAGCAGUAUAAGAAAUAUGGAUGCCGAUGAAGUCGCUGCCACUUUACAGAAAAUAGCUGAGUCCAACCCUACGUUCAGCGGAAUGGAUGUCCAAAACGUGAUCAAGAUACUAACUCAAAGCGGGAACCUGAAACCAAAGAAUACCGCCAGCAAAAGUUAAAGAAACAGCAUUUAGUGUUGUUGUUGUUUUUGUGUGAUAUAUCCUAACUUCGGUUUUAGGGUUUUUUUUUAAAAUACCAGCAUUUAAUCCAAAAUUAAAGAUGGAAAUGUUUAUUUUUGCCUUUCUCUUUUAAAGCAUGAAUAUUCUUUUUCAUUCUGGUUUAUGGUGUCUGCUUGUCCGUCAGCUGAAGAUGUAUCCUGUUGCAACUCUGAUUUUCCUGGCAUAAGCUAUUUAUUAUCCUCUGCUGUUAGGAGGGUCACACCAAGUCAGUGGCAAAGAGAAACAAGAAAACGCUGAGUGAAGGUUAAAUGGAAGAAGAACAGCAUAUCCAUUAUAUUUUAAGAUCGACAGCAGUGACUCUGUGUAGUGUUGCAGCCUGAAAAAUUUCCAGGCGAGGGCACAAGAAAAUCACCGGUUGAAAUGCAGCAGUGUUGCAUUGCUGAACAACACUUGACCAAUUCUCACCCUGCUCCUAGCCAUACCCGGUGAAGGGAAUGGCUAGUUGUGCACCUAUCAGAGGUUUUUUUUCUGUAGAAGGAGCUGUAUAUAUAUGGGGAGAAGCUUCUUGUGUUCAGAACUAGUGUUGUAUUUCGAUGCGAGUUCAAAUGGCGGAUAUGUAAAUAAUGUAAAAUAAUACAUUUUCAUAACAUUUAUGUUAGGUCUGUGUUGAUAUCACCCAGAUCCACUUGCAUCACUCCAGGUGGGCACUGUAGGAGUUUCCCAGACUACAAUCUUUAUACAAAUAGGUGUAAAAUUAAGUAUUGUACAAUGAGGGCUCUACCACUGUUACAAAGCGUUAUCCCUCUCUUGGGGGAAACACUACUUUAAAACUGGUACCUGGAAAAAAAGGAUUUCUUCAACCGUUCUGAAGCAGUGCAUUACCCACUAAACCACAAGGCUGUCUUGAGAUGAUUAUUGUCUCUUAGUAGUAGAAAAGUGCAGGAGUUCAGUGGCACCUAUAAGACCAACAAAAUUUAUGGUAGCCUACCACAAAUUUUGUUAGCCUUAUAGGUACAUCUGGUAGGGUAGGGGCUUUCGUGAGUCACUGGUCACUUCUUCAGAUACAUCACCUCUUCAGGUUAUCUGAAGUGAGCUGACUCACGAAAGCUCCUACCCUACCACAAAUGUUGUUAGUUUUAUAGGUACUCCUAGACUCUUGCUCUUUUCUACUGCUAUAGACAGAUGAACACAGCUACCCAUCUUGAUCUGUUCUCUCUUAAUAAUUGAUUAUACCACUGUGGUGCCCUACACUGACAGUUGUAGCUGGUAAGUUACAAUAGUGAUAGAUCCUCUCUGAUCAAUCAUGCCAGAUAUGGAAGGGUUAAACCAAUUAAAAUGUUAUAAAUAUGACAUUUGUCUUUAAACUUAAGUUACAUAUGAAAGAUGUAUAGUGAAAAUAAAUCUAGUUGCAAUACUAA